GACAGAAGUCUACAAACUUCGGCAGUCUCGUCGCUCAUUGCCCCUUUUGUUCUGAACUCGGAGUUUUGUUGUGUCUUGUUUGGCUCCUUUUGAUGAUUGGGCCUAGCGUUUUCCUCAGCUGUUUUAAGGUGCUUGUCCUUUCUGGCUACCGGUGAUCCGAACCCAAUUACUCUAUCGCAUCCACUUGCUGCCGCAAGCGCCUUGUCAAUAAACCAUGGAUGGCUACAACGAAUUUCGCACGGCACGGGUGGCCGAGAUCCUCUCGGACUUUCGAACCCUGCAGUACUACAUCGCGGCAGCACCGGUAGACCCGGCUAACUCGGAAGACUACUACACGGAAGGCUGGGCAGCUCUGCGGCAGUGUGCCCUGGACGGCCAACAUAUCCUCAACUGUGCCGCUGACACUUCGGUCCCGGAAACGACGGGCGGCGAGGAAGAGCAGGCCAAGGCCGAAUUAAAACAAGUGGCUCUCGACGCCUACGCCCGACGACACGAGGCACAGAAGAUCUACCUCCGCCAGGCUGCGGCACAACGCUGGGUCGAGUAUCGAGACCAUAUUCUCCAGGGCAACAGACCCAGCACGGCUCAUAGACGACAACUGAGAGCAUGUGACGAGCAACUGCGCAAUGAAUUCGCACAGAUCGCCGACAAUACCAUAUACGGUCAACUGCAAGCCUCGGAUAUGACUAUGAGCCGCUGGACGGCAGAAGACCCGAGCCUGCGUGCCGUCCAGCGCUGGGUACGCUCACGGCCGAGGGCCACUUAAAAAGCACCAAAAUAUUUGAAAUCAACUCCAGCAUCAUCUUGCGAGUACCUAGAAAGUCUUCCGGUAAUACGAACAUACACGACGAAAGGAGACCGAGGAAUAUGAGAUGCAAUCUCCUUGUUAGCGAAAGGAAGACAAGACUGCCUGGUGCAGAGAUCUACUUCCAUCAUUAGGUUUUGAGGAAGACGUUGCACUUAUUGUAUAUACCAAUCAGCGAAACCCGAAGCUGCUGAUGCGGUGCUAUGAAAUAGAG